AUGAGGCGGCCCCAUGCACGUUCCUCACAUCCCACACGUCCUGCCAAUAGCACAGCAUCAGGGACAGCAGGAGCCCAUUCGGCACCAUUGCACGAGAUGCACAAUGGACUUCUGCCAAGGCGGUCUGUACAACAUGGAACCCCCCAUGAGAGGGUGUCUGCUGGCGGAGGUCCUGGUCCAUCUCAACCCCUCCCUGCAGACCGGCGUCACAGCUCAACUCUUCCCCAGACCUUCCAAAGGGAUGUUGUCAGCCCCAGGAGCCCACGGAUGCCUUCUGUGAGUCAUGGCUCGUUCCUGGAAGCUCGCUGCGACAGUCCACUGGGCCGACAGCAGCACCAGCCAUCUGUGCAGAGUGGGAGGAACAUGUCUGUGAAUGGCCAGCACAGGGGCCAGAGCUCUGCCCCCUCCAGUAUUGGGCUCGAUCUCGAGGUGUCUGGAGAACGAGGAGCCGGCCACACCAUUUCGCAGCGAACACCCGGCGAUGAGAAUAACCAGGAGGUGGAGGCAGACGUCCAGCAUCCUUGCACGCUGUCAGAGCCCGUGCAGUCGGCAUAUGGGCGGACAAAUGCUGAUGUGGCUGUCAGUGGGGGUGUGCACGGUACAGCAACAGCACAGGCACAACUGGAACCUGCAGCAGGGAGUGGCAGUGAGGUCGUUAACGAGGAUGCUGCGCAAGACUGUUCAGCAGCCGAGCCGCCUUGCAGCACCAUUGCAUCGCAGGGUGCUGCCCUUGGAAUUGACAAAAAUUCACCAUCAGUUUCGGCAGGUGUACUGACGCCAGCCAAUUCAGCAGCGAGGUGUAGAAGGGUGGCGUCAGAGGCAGGUGCCUCAGGACCCUGCGAUGCCCCUGCGACUUCCGCUAUCUCUGCUAUGAGGAACGGGGUGGUGAACAUUGACAACCACACCCAGCCUUUGGGGCCAACGGUGCCCUUUGUCUACAAUGCUAUCCUUGCAGAGGGGCCCACCUACAUAUCCACCUACACCCUGCACCAGCAGUUGGUGGCGAUUCACUCGUAUGUGGCUGGGAUUCCUCCACCCACCGCCAUGCAGCAGGGACAAGACUCCAGGCCAGGUGCACAGGGCGUUUGCCCUCCCCCCGAGUGGAGCCCGCACAGGCACUUGGAACAGCCGGGGCAGCAGGGGCAGAGUGCAAGGCACCAUGGUUCGGACCUGAGGGAGGACCAGAGGCUGGGGCAUCGAAGGCUUGUGGCGUCUGCCUCUGACGGCAAUGCUGUGCAGGACACAUCUGUUCACGCAACUGUGCAACAGGUGGAUGACGCCUUGUCCGAUGCAGAAACGAACCUGUCACUGCUGCGAGCAAAGAUGCCGCUUGUUGUGGGUGCAAAUCAGCAACCCAACUCUCGUCAAUCGGAUCCACGUGUGUCCAUGCCUGCACCACAGCCUGCGCUCACCAUUGUCACAGGUGUGGACAGUGGAUCUGCAAGCCGGGCCCUUCAACCGGCGAACAGUACGCUCGCAAGGAACUCAGAUCAAAGCAAUACCAGCGGUGGGGGCACAGUGAACAUGUCACGCUCUGAUGAUGAGGCUGGAGCUGUGCCAGAUUUGAAAGACUCUGCCUGUAGUGAAAGAUCCAGCCACUCAGAGGAGAACAGCGAAAGCCCGAAGUCUGUGGCUCAGAAUGAUGGUUCCUUCCAGUCACCACCACCACCCAGUGGCGAUGCCAUCAGUGGGCAACAUAAAAGCCAGGGCACCGGCUGUGAGUCGUCGGAACUUGGCUUCUCAGAUCGCCUUCACGAGCAUGCUCUGGCAAUGAGCAACGACUGUCAGCCUGAAAACCAUGAGGACGACCUGGCAGAUACUGUUUCUCACACAGCAAGAACGAGAGGCCGCAAGCGCAGGGGCUCGUCGCUAUCUGUCAGCCGUUCCAGCAAAUGCCGUAGGGGGUGUUGA